AUGUCCUUAUGGGGUACAGCAUUUGCAUUGCUGGCUGCUUUGUCCAUUGGUCUGAUAUACCGGCAGGCGGUCGGUCUGGCGCCUGAUCGUUUCAGCAUUUUAAAACCGGCCGUAAGCGCCGCCUACCCCCCUUCACACUACCUUCGACGAGUACCGCAACGCCGAAUACACCUCUUCACUGCGCUGCAACUACUGCAGCUGGGUAUCCUCUGUAGCUGUGGCUUUACGGAGAUCCCCUUCGUCAAGAUUGGUUUUCCCAUCCUCCUCUUCCUUCAACUGCUCGUCAGGUUAGCCCUCAGUUAUGUCCUCACUAACUGCUGCCCUAAAAUAAUCACCUCAUUCACAAUUCCGGUCUUCCCUCGAUCAAACGCGGAUCAAAUUGGAGUUUACCUCAUCAUCUGCUUCCAAGUUGGGCAGGAUGUCAAGUUAGUUCGACCGAGGUGCCAAAACAGAGACUGA